CGGCGACCACCUGCCCCUCGACGGCGCUGCCGCAUCCUCAGCGCGGGGGGAGAAACCCUCUGCGCGGGACAGCGGGAGCGAACGUCUCCCUUCCCGUUCCCCGGUGUUCGGAGAGCUCAGCCCAACGCCGCUCGGCUGUUUAUUUACUUUAUAGAGAGUUUGGUGGUUUUCUCGGUCUUCCCCCGCUUUGCUUUACUGAGAGUUUGAUAUUCAAGAAGAAUAAAAAUAUCCUCAAAGUUGUGGAAGGUUGAAUGUGAUCAACAUGAAGAGUUUAAAAGCAAAGUUCAGGAAGAGUGAUAUCAAUGAGUGGAAUAAGAAUGAUGAUCGACUGCUGCAGGCAGUGGAGAAUGGUGAUCCUGAGAAAGUGGCUUCAUUGCUGGGUAAAAAGGGAGCCAGUGCCACUAAACAAGACAGUGAGGGCAGAACUGCUUUUCACCUGGCAGCCACCAAAGGGCAUGCAGAGUGCCUCAGGGUCAUGGUGACGCAUGGUGCAGAUGUGACAGCCCAAGAUGGUGCAGGGCACAGUGCUUUACAUCUUGCAGCAAAGAACAGCCACCCUGAUUGCGUUAAGAAGUUACUUCAGAAUAAAUGCCCAGCAGACAGCACUGACAAUUCUGGGAAAACAGCUUUACAUUAUGCAGCUGCAUGUGGUUCUCUUCAGGCAGUUCAACUUCUGUGUGAACACAAAUGUCCAAUUAACGUAAAAGAUUUGGAUGGGAACAUACCUCUGCUGCUUGCAGUACAAAGUGGUCAUAUGGAAGUCUGCAAAUACCUUCUGGAUCAUGGAGCAGAUGUGAACACCAGGGAUAAAAAUGGAAGAACUCCUUUGAUGAUGGCUUGUGAAGCUGGUAGCCUUAAUAUGGUGGAAGCUUUCCUUAGGAAAGGUGCAGAUGUCAGUUUGGUGGAUGCCUUUGGACAGAAUGCUAUGCAUUACUCCAAGCUCUCUGAAAAUAUAGGAAUCCAGAAUCUCCUGUCGUCAAAGUUAUCUCAGGAUGUAGAUACAAAGUCACUGACAAAAGCAAAGCAGCAUGAUCAAGGCUCUAAAUUAAAUUCAGAAAGAAGCGGAGCUGCAAAAAAACGCAAAGCCCCACCUCCUCCUACCAGUGCUAUUCAGGAAGAAAUCAGCUCCUUCCAUCAAGAUAAUAAAGACGGACUGAGUGACAGCACGACAGGUGCUGAUGGUUUAUUGGGUGUGAGUUCAGAAGCUGACCAACAAGAUCUUCUUCUGUUGAUGCAAGCAAAAAUUGCUUCUUUGACAUUGCACAAUAAGGAGCUGCAGGACAGGUUGCAGGAAAGAACACCUAAAGAAGUGGAUUCAGCCACAGAACCUUAUCAUUCAACCCAAACAGAGUUGGAGCAAACAGCAGAUCGACAAAAUGAGUUCUCAGCUCAAGAGCUGAAGUCUACAUUAAACACUGCCGAAGUUCAAGAAAAGUUGACAAAUCUCAGUGAAGUAAAAGCCAAGUACCUCCAGGAAGACUUAAAGGGUGUGCAGAGGAAGUUAGAGAAUUCUGAAGCCAAAAGAAAGCACACAGAAGCUCAGGUGCAGUCUAGAGUUCCAGAAACAGAUCAUCUAAAUAGCACAGGCAUUUCAGAAAAUGGGUCUGAUCUUAACGCGAAGUUCCAAGAAACUCAAACCAGGUAUGAGGAAGUUGUGAAAGAGGUUUCAAAUGUACAAAGGCAGGGGAAGCUGAGUCUUGUUUCCUCUGAAAGUGAAGAAAAUGGUUCUGAUCUGAGUAGGUUGAAAGUUACAUGUGGAGAAGUUGAAAUGCUUAAGCAAGAACUGAAGAGAGCGUUAGAGGAAAGUGAAAGGCAAAAAGAGAAGGUGAGAGAGCUACAGAACAAGUUCGAAGAAAGAGAGCAGAACGGAGCAAGCAAAUUGCCUGUGGAAGAAUGUGAGGAAAUGAAGAAUGCAUAUUGUUCAGUUAUUGAUAACAUUAAUCAAGAAAAAGCACUGUUGAUUGAGAGAUACAAAGAAGGACAAGAGGAAAUUAAAAGGCUACAGGACAAGCUGACAAAUCAGAUGCAGUUGGAAUCCAGUGCUGGAGCUGGAGAAAUGAAAGAUGCAAUGCACAGAAUGGUAGAUGAGCUCAACAGACAACUUAGUGAAUUGUCUCAUUUGUACAAAGAAGCGCAAACAGAGCUUGAAGACUAUAAGAAGAGAAAAACUCCAGAUGAUAUAGCUUUGGACUACAUUCCUAGAGAUGAACAUGAGAAACUGAUGCAGUUAACAAAUUCUUUGAAAUACAAAGCAGAGAAUGAGUUAUCAGAAAUUCGAUCCCAGUACACGAAAGCAUUAAAUGAAGCAGAAGAACUAAAGCAGCUGCUAGAUGCUCAGAAACAAAACUCUUUGCCAAUUUCUGAACACCAUCAGGUGAUGAAUGUCCUCAGAAAUACUGUAAAGGAAAUGGAAAAAGAAAUAAAUGAGCUCAAAGCUCUGCUUGCCAACAAGGAAAGUGAAAUAAGAAACUUACAGAAGGAACUAUUGGAAGAAAAAGCUGCAAUUAGUGAGGCAAUGGUACCCAAGGAUACGUAUGAAAAGCUCCAGUCAUCUCUAGAAGGUGAAGUUAGUGUUUUGUCAUCCAAACUGAAUGAUGCAAUCCAAGAGAAGGAAAAUGUGUCCUUAAAUGUUAUGCAACUGAGAAAUGAAGUUUUGCACUUGAAAGAAGAGAAAGAAGGUAUGCGUAAUUUGCUUGAAGCAAAGGAACGGGAGGUGACUGGUCUUCACCAAAAGUACCAACAAGCUCAGGAGGAUCUUCUUGAAAUGAAAAGGUAUUCUGAAAGCUCAUCAAAACUAGAAGAAGAUAAAGAUAAAAAGAUCAAUGAAAUGUCCAAGGAAGUUUGCAAAUUAAAAGAAGCGUUGAACAGCCUUUCUCAGCUUUCCUACUCAACCAGUCCCCCCAAAAGACAAAGUCAUCAGCUGGAGGCAUUACAACAACAAGUGAAGCAGUUGCAGAACCAACUGACUGAAACAAAGAAACAACAUCAGGAAGUUGUCUCAGUUUACAGGAUGCAUCUUCUCUAUGCUGUGCAGGGUCGAAUGGAUGAAGAUGUCCAGAAAGUGCUUAAGCAAAUUUUAUUGAUGUGUAAAAGCCAAUCACAGAAAAAGUAAACAAAAAAGGCCAAGGAAAUCUCCCCAUUUUUAUUAAUCCCUUUACGGGUGUUUAUCUAGAUUUGCCUUAACAUAAGAUUUAAAAUUGGCAAUUUGCUGCUUUUUUGUUAUUGUGUUGUGAGGUGGAUUUGUUUGUCUGUCUUUAUACCACUUCCUAUGUGCAUUUGUAUGUGCAGUAACUAAACACGUGACUGCUUUUCAUAUCCAAAAUGCAGGCAUGUUCUUCAGACUUUUUAUUUCCACCACUCCAUGUCAUGUUUACCCUGACAGUACUUUCUAGCUUCCUCCAAUAGAGGGAGGUUAAUCUAAAGGAAAGCACUCACUUUUACCUGAGUAAAGGUGAAAUUCUCCAUGAGGUCUUCUCUACUGUUUAUAAGCUGCAUCUUAUUAUUGGGGAUAAACUUAGUUGCUUGAUGUAGUAGCACUCAGAUUCCUGACAUUUUGCCAUUUGCAGUCUUUGGCAGAGCAGAAGUGAGCCUUGCAGCAGUGAGCAGAAGUUGAUAUUUAUGCUAAGCCAGAACAUCAGACAACUACAAUUCUUAGUGUAAUGUUGCUUAACACACCGUACGGUAGCUGUCCCAGCCCAUCCAAUGCACUGAGUACACAAAAAUCACACCAUGCUUCAUAGUUUUCUUAAACUGCCUGGAAUGACACUAUUUCAAAGUUAAAAUAAUUAGUUUAUUGAAGUUCUGUACAAAGCAGUACAGAAACAUCUGUAUAAACAACCCUUUAUGACAGGUUUAGCUAUCUAUGCAAGCGUUGGCCAUGAAGCUCAGGAACAAAACCAGAACAUAUACUUUAGACAAGGGAUUCUAGUGAACACAGGAUGUUUACAGUGAAUGGCAAUGCCUCAUACUUCCUAACCUCACUUUUUUAAAGAUCUUCUCUUCAGUAUAUUUUUAUUGGCCCUCUAAUGAACUCUUUUGUAACUAAACUAUUUUUUCUACGUAAUGUUUGCAUUCAAGUUAUUAACGAAUAUUUUUAGGUAAUCGUCUUUUAGAGAGGUUCUUUUUAUACCCCCAAGUAUUCAGUAAUAGCAAAGCAUAGUGAAGUGUUUUUAGUUAGUAAAAGAUCUGUACGGAAUAGUAGACCUGUCUUGUCAGUGUGUUCUGGAGCAGUGAAGUGCAAAAUGCAAUUCAGCCUGCUGUUUCAAAAAAUGUAGAAAAGAUAGGUAGAAAACAGCAAAAGGUAUCAGAAUUUCUACUGCCUUUUCUACAGCCCAGGGGGAUCAGUAAAGCCUUUGUCAGCACUUUUAAAUUUAAAAGUCAAAUAAAAAUGCCUAUUGUGGUAUAGUAUGAAACGAUGGAAAAAUAUUUCUAAGCACACACUGCACUUGAGGCUACAACCAUUCUAACGAGCUUGCAGCUUCACUAUGGUGUUUGUUUUAUUGCCAUUAGCGGAUGUGUCUCUAAUAGAGAAAUCUUCCAGAGCUAUAUAAUCUAUGAAGUUUAUAUAGAGUCAGUCAUAAUAUGACAAGAGUCAGCAGUGCCUCAGGCUGACUGGACUCAUAGUGCACUUACAUCAGAUAAUUCCUAACCCUGGUGAAACUAAAAUGGAAUUUAAAAGCAAAAAGAAAAAUCACGCCUUUGCAUCGGUUAGACCUUGGUGUUACUUUUCUUGGGCGGUUUAACUAAUGCCUGCUAAUUUUGAACAGUAUUUUAUAGUUAGAUGGUUUUGAAAAUGCUCCAAAGAAAUGUGAAAAGAUUUUUGCUGCAGCACUUCAGAAUGAACAACAAGAUUUUAAGCAUGCUAAUGCUGUAAAGUGUAAAACUUGAUGAACCAUUUUGUAGGUUGCCUGGUAGAUUUAGUCUUCUACUUUAUUUUGAUUUGUAUAUUUAUUACAAUUAUCUUUGUGGAAUAUUGAAAAUUAUAUACUAUGGCAUAGCAAGUUUCUUUAUAUGUAAUUUACAAGAAGUUUCCUUAUGCAGCAAAUAAACUAUUUCCAGUUUCUA